AUGCCUCUUCACGGCGCGAGAGCUGCGGCUCUCCUCGCUUGGGUGAACAGCACAAAAGUUUGGACCGAUCCCCUCAAUGAUCUGUCACAGCUCCAGGACUGUAGUGUCUUCAUCAGGAUCAUCAACAAAAUAGCCCGCUCGGAGCAGGGAUCUGCCUGGGGCAGCUUCAGCGCCGCCCUGAAAGCAGCAUGGCUUUGCGGCGUUCCUCAGCCGCACUGCAAGCACAAAUCGACUGCGGAGAACCUGGUCUCGGCACAGGAGCUGCUGGAGGGAGAGGAGCUGGCGUUGGCCAAGGUGGCCGUGCUGCUCCUGUAUCACACCUCCAUGAGCUGCAAGAGCCCUGGGGACUGGAAUGAGUUUGACUACAAGACCCAGGUUGAGCUGGCAUCGAUCCUCAAAUUUGUGCUGGACAACGAGGAGAGCCUGAAUGAAAAUCUGGAGAUGUUUCUGCAGAGGAAAGCGCCGCUGUCCUCAUCCAGCGCGUCCAGCAGCAGCUCUGAGGAGCACUCCCCGCUGCUCUCCCUCCCGCACAAGCGAGAGGUGCGUUUCCUGGAGCUGCAGAAGAUUGCCUCCUCCUCUGGCGCCAACAACAUGCUCUCCGGCCCUCCGUCCUCGCCCAUGGGGGACGUCAUGCAGACCCCCCAGUUCCAGCUGCGCCGGCUGAAGAAGCAGCUGGCUGUUGAGAGAGAGAACCGGGAUGAGCUGGAGGUGGAGCUGGCAGAGAAUCGCAAGCUCAUCACGGAGAAGGACGCGCAGAUCACCAUGAUGCAGCAGCGGAUUGACCGCUUGGCUCUGCUCAACGAGAAGCAAGCCGCAGACCAGCGGGAGCCCAGGGAAGUGGAGGAGCUGAGGGAGAAGAACGAGAGCCUGAUGGUGCGUUUGCACGAGGCCCUCAGGCAGUGCCAGGACCUGAAGACUGAAAAAGGCCAGAUGGACCGAAAAAUCAACCAGCUCUCCGAGGAGAACGGGGAUCUUUCCUUCAAGCUGCGGGAGAUCGCCAGCCACUUGGUCCAGCUGCAGGAAGCCCUGAACGAGCUCUCAGAGGAGCACAACGCGGCCAUGACGCAGUCGCAGGAAAAACAGGGGCAGCUGGAGAGUGACCUGCAUGCUGCCCUGCAGGAGAAGAAAUGCUCAGAAGAGAAGAUUGAGAUUCUCCAGGGGAAGAUUUCUCUGCUGGAGGACCAGCUGGCCAAGCUGGGGGACUGCGGCGCCCAGGAGAAGGGAGAGGUCAUGGGGGAUGUCCUGAAGCUGGAAGAGCUGAAGCAGGAGGUAUCCAGCCUUGCUGCUAAAGGGGCCGAGCUCCAGGCCACCGUCCUGCGGCUGGAGGAGGAGAAGCAGCAGCGGGAGGCAGCCCUGCAGUCCGAACGCGGCCGCUUUGAGGAGGAGAAGCGGCAGCGGGAGAUGGAGGUGGAGGUGGAGGUGAAGAAGCUGUCUGGGGAGGUGACCCUGCUGAGCAGCAGGCUGGAGGAGACGCUGCGCCAGCACCAGCGGGACCUGGCGUGCCAGGAGGAGGAAGCCAAACGCUUGCGACAGGAGGUGGAACGGGCCAAAGGGGACUGCGCCGCCGAGCGAGCCCGCAAAGCAGAGCUGGAGGCGCAGCUGCAAAACUCCCUCAAUGAGCAGAGGGUGGAGCGGUCGGUGCACCGGGAGGAGCUGGCCCGGUCCCGGGAGAUGGUGGAGGAGAAGGAGGGGAAGCUGGAGGAGCUCCGCCAGAAGAACAUCUCGCAGGGUGAAGAGCUGAGGGACCUGCAGAAGACAGUCAGCAAGCUGAAAGGAGAGCUCGCCUCAGCAGAGGCGGCCAAGGAACGGGUGCCCAAGGUGGACAACGAGCUGCAGGGCUUCUCGGAGGCCGCCCGGAGCAGGGACGCGGAGGGGCACAGCGUCAAGGCCACCUGCUCAAAGGAGAUGUCCCUCAAGAGCUUGGAGGAGAAGACCCGUCACAGGGAGCAGGAAUCUGGCUCAAGCCAAGACCUUUACCAGGAGAAGCUGAAGGAGACCCAGGCGCUUCGUUUGCAAGUGGAGGAGCUGGAGCAGAAGUGCAGGGAGCAGCAGGAGGCUAUGGCCGUCCUCGAGCGAGCGGCGGCGGAGGGGGCGAUGGCGGAGCAAGCGGAGCUGGAGGCCUCGAGGAGGGAAGUGGCCCAGCAGAAGGAGAAGGUGUUGGAGCUGCAGAAGCUGCUGGAGGCCUCGAGGUCGGUGCAGGCUCUGCACGACGGCACCGUGGAGGCCCUGCGGAAGGAGCUGCAGGAGAAGGGCAGGGAGCUGACUCAGAGCAAAACCGCCAUGGCCGCUGCCGAGAAGGACCUGGCCUCCCUCCGCUCCGUAGUGCAGGAGAAGGGCCGGUCAGAAGAGAGCUGGAAGGAGCAAGUGUCCCAGUGCGUCCAGGAGAUGGAGAGGAAGAACAGCCUGAUCGGCAGCCUGGAGCACGAGGUCUCCAUCCUCCAUCGGCAGGUGACGGAGAAGGAGGGGGAGAGAAAGGAGCUGAAGCCCCUGAUUGUGGCCGAGUCGGAGAAGACCAAGAAGCUGGAGGAGAGGCUGCGGGUGCUGCAGACGGAGAUGGCCACCGCCGCCUCGCGGGCGGCCGAGAGGUGCUCUCUCAUGAAGGUGGAGGUGCAGCGGUGCCAGGAGGAGAUGGAGAAGCAGCGCUUGGCCAUCGAGGCCCUGAAGAGGGACCGUCACUGCCAGAGCGAGCGGGAGGACGAGCUGCGGCAGGAGGUGAAGGUCUGCCAGGACAAGUGCCUCCAGAAGGAGCAGCUCCUCGCCGCCCUGCAGCAGGAGCUCGGCAGCGCCCAAGCGCUCGCGGGGAGCUGUCACCGGGCUAACCGAGCCGUGCUCUUCCAGGUGGAGGAGCUGAAUAAAAAGCUGACCCAGCACGAGAAGGCCACGCGAACGCAGCAGCAGAGGGUUAAGGUGCUGGAAGGAGAGCUGCAGGCAGAGGCCCAGGAGAAGGGGGCAGAGCUGCAGGCGCAGCUCGCCCAGAAGGAGCAGGCGGCCGAGCACUACAAAGGACAGAUGGAGAAGGCAAAAACUCAUUACGACGCAAAGAAGCAGCAGAACCAGGACCUGGCGGAGAAGCUGAAGGCUAUGGAGCACCUGCAGAAGGAGAACGCGGAGCUCCGGACCGAGUCGGAGAGGUUGGCCAAGGAGCUGCAGCAGAGCGUCCUGCAGGCCAAGGAGUCAGAGCUGAGCUGCAGGAACCUCACCAGUCAGGUCCGCAGCCUGGAGGCUCAGGUGGAGUUUGCCAAUCAGCAGCUCCGGGAUCUCGGCAAGUUCCAAGUGGCGACAGACACGCUGAAGAGCCGGGAGACUUUCCGCCAGAACCCCGCCGAUCUCAGCGCCGACAGCCUGGACCUCAGCCUCGACGAAGCGCAACCGCUCAACUCCACCAGGAAGGCUGGCCGCUCGCAGUCGGAGGCCUCGGCGGUGCCGCCGGGCAGCGAAGAGUCGUUGGCAUCGCAGCGGCUGCCCCGCAAGGUGGAAUCCCUGGAGAGCCUCUACUUCACCCCCAUCCCCAGCCGCACGCGGUCCCAGCUGGAGAGCAGCGCCGGCUCUCUGGGCGACCUCUCGCUCGACUCCGGCUGCAAGACCCGCUCGGGCCGGCGCCGUACCACCAUCAACAUCACCAUGACGAAAAAACAGGCCAAGACCGAGGAACCGGACAGCGCUAACGUCUCCUUCUACAGCAUCCCGGCAGCUCAGCCCCCGAAUGCCGCCCCUGGCAAGACCCGGCUGCGCUCGGCUGCCUCCACCCGCUCCCUCACCAGCUUCUCCUCCCAGGAGUCCCUCGUCAAGCUGGAAACCUCCUCCCCGCAGGAGACCCCCGGCAAUUCGGCGCUGCUGGGUCUCCCGGGCUCCCGGCCGGUCACUCGCAGCUCCCUGCGGCGCGUGCAGGGCGGCAGCAGCUCCAGCCUGGGCCGGAGCAGCAUUUACCUGGGUACGUGCCAGGAUGAGCCGGAGCAGUUGGACGACUGGAAUCGCAUCGCGGAGCUGCAGCAGCGUAACCGAGCCUGCCCGCCCCACCUCAAGACCUGCUACCCCCUGGAGAGCAGG